UUACUCAAACCCACCAUUCAUGAAAGGUUAGCGUAUAGCACAUGCUUCGCAUUUGUGCUUUCGAGUCUCUUCCCAUGGCGUCGCCAUGUGACCUGUUGCCUUUGGGUCUCAGUCCACGCCUACAAAAAGGAAAAGCCCACCCGGCCUGCAUGUACCCAGUUACUCUAUGCCACGUCUCAUACACUUUCUAUCUAUUUUAUUUUCAGAUGAAACCAGAAGAGGUUUUCCCGCGCUUUCCCUCCUAGAAGACGGAGGAAGCCAGCAAAAAAUGGAGGCAUGGGUUCCGUUGUUCGACAUUUUCAUGAAUAGCCCUACACCUGAAAUCGAAGCAUCUCUUUGGCUGCAACAAUGUUUCAAUGCGACAACAUUAUCAUCUUCAACAACAACUCCAAUCACCGCAAGCUCUUUCCUUUCUUUGCUUACCAAACCCUGCAAUCUCUUUGUCGAUGACUCAUCUUUUUCUUCACCUCUCACACCAAAAAGGAUAAUGUUUAUAGAGACUCUACCAGGUAUGGUUCAGUCAAGGGUACUUUCAUUUCUUGCUUUGGAGAAUGAGAGGUUUAAUGGGAAGGAAUUAUCUAAGCUCGCACGCAGUUUGUUGACUGAAAGUCAAGGGCUUGAUUUUUGGGUCAAGAAAGCAGCACGGGAUCUGCUCGACAGAGUGUCUGAACCAAAUCAUGUUAAUAAGUGGAUUUCUGGUUUUAGUCUGGAAUCUGGCGAAGAAGUAAUCGGCCAAGAGUUUGAGUCCUUACCGGAUUGGCUCAAGGACGUGGCUGCUGGUAAUGAUCCACUUCUCUAUUGGCUUCCUUUAUCUGCAGCUGAUUGUGGUCCUCGUUUUUAUGAUGAUAGCUUGGAAAAUGAUGAGAGUUUGUUCAGUCAAGUUGAGGAAAAUGGAGAAAAUGGUUUGAAAGAAGUUGGGGACGAAAUUGAGAUGGAUCGGGUUCUGAAUGUGCCUUUAGAACCUGAAAUUGAAAAUAUGGCUGCUAGUUUGAGAGACAGGGUUAUAAACUUAGAAUCUAGUUUCAAAGCUGUAGCAUUAGCAAAUGAAAUUCGUGAACUUUGCUUGGAUAAAGGAAUGGAUCCUUUUCAAGUUCUGUGUCUGAUUGAGCCUUGGAAAGCCGAGGAUGAGGCUGCUUCGGUGCUAAUUUCUCAUCUUUCAAGUGGGGAUGAAGAUGAGCUUGCUUGGCCAAGUCAGGUUCUCUGCUCAAUUGUGCUUCCUAAGUUCUUGGUUCUAGAAGAGCCAGCCUCACGUCUGCUACUGACUUCAACGAUUGAGUACUGCAAGCUCCAUCAGAGGGCUGCGGUGCACGCAUUAUUGUUUCCACUUGUACUACGAAAGGAAGGUAUCAAUAACCCCAUCUGUGAUGUGAUUACUAGGAUUCUGAGGGAAUGCCUGCACCCGGCUCAUGUUUCUGCCUUCUGCCAGACACUUCUUUGCGGAGGAGAGGAGGAGAAGAGAUUCAUUUUACUCCCAUGUCAUGAAUACCAUGUCUCGAAGGAAUUGGUAUGGACGGAUUCAUUGUUUAACCUCUUCCACAACAUUUUAAAUCAUAAUGUUCAUUUAACUCAGGAGUCAGUUGAUCGUCUUGUGUACCAUGUUAGGAACAUAGCCGAAAGAUUUUCCAAAUCUUUGAAAUUUGGAAACUUCGUGUUAUAUCUGGUCACUAAAUGUUCUUCACAACUUAAUUCACAUAAGAACGUACUGACUGAAGCGGUUGAGUCCACGAAUACUCUUGUUACGAAAUCCAUUUUAUUAAGAAUAGCUAGCUUAUAAUUAUUGUGUUUAA